AUGUCUUCCCGCGCCUCCCGUUCUCGCUCUCGCCGCCAACCAGGAAUUGAACCAAGCACGUCGGGACCACCAAGGUCACGUUCUGGCACCGGUACGCGUCAUUCUUCCAAACGAUCCGCUGUGAAACAGCCCGGGGCACCUUCGGCAUCACAAUCUCAGCCUCGACAUCGGCCCCGCACUCGCUCUUCCCACGCUAUUGCCCAAGGUGUCGAGACUGGCACGAUUGGUAGUGGAUAUGGUCCUUAUUCAGACAAGGAUCCAGAACUUGAUGAUAUCCUCCAUAAUCCUGACCCCAUCAUCGAUGCCAAAAUAGACCGGUCCUGUCCCCUUUUCUCCUCGCGCGGCUGGGAGAACGUAAACGCACUCGAGAUCACCCUUGUGGGGCUGAUCGCUCUAUUCCUUGGUUUUCCCAUCGUCAGCCAUUACACACGCACGGUCAACACUGUGCCUGGAUAUAAUCUUGGCGAAAUCAAUUCCACUGGGCAGGUACCGGACCUUCCUGGGUUCCCGAAGCUCAUAGAUCAGUACAACUUGGUGUUCAGCGACGAGUUCAAUACGGAUGGACGUACGUUCUAUUCUGGAGAUGAUCCCUAUUGGGAGGCAGUUGACUUCAACUAUUGGCCCACUGGUGAUGUUGAGUGGUAUGAUCCAAGUGCAGCCAUCAUGCGAGAUGGCAAGUUGGUGCUUACGAUGACGGAGGAAAACAUUCACGACUUCAAUUUCAAGAGCGCUAUGGUUACCUCAUGGAACAAAUUGUGCUUUACUACCGGUUAUAUCGAAGUUUCGAUCAGCAUGCCUGGCACUGCACGGACCAUGGGAAACUUGGGUCGCGCUGGCUACGGCGCCAUUACGGAUGGAACGGAUCUGACCACCCAGGACCCACCACCAGCACGGGGCGGUGUCCCCGAAAUUGAUAUCAUCGUACAUCAAAUCGACACGACUAUCUGGCAAGGUCAAGUUUGGCAGAGCUAUCAGGUCUCACCAUUCAAUUAUCACUAUCAGGCUGAUCAUUCACCAAACGUGACGACUAUUUACGAUGAUACGAUAACCGACUUUAAUACGUAUAAUGGGACUGAAUAUAGGGCAUAUGGGUAUGAGUGGUAUUCGAAUCCGGAUAAUCGCGAUGAGGGGUAUAUCACUUGGUAUAGCGAUGGUGUGGAGUCGUGGACAAUGACGUCUGGAACCAUAGGAGCCGAUUCCACAGUGGAGAUCAGCCAACGGCUCAUCGCAGAGGAACCUUUAUACAUCAUCCUCAACCUGGGCAUAUCGCCCCAGUUCCAGGCACAGAAUUACAAGCACCUCACCUUCCCGAGUUCGAUGUACAUCGACUACGUGCGGGUGUGUCAACGUUCUGGAACGGAGAAGCAUUCAAUUUCACCUACAGCGAGUUAG